AUGGUCUCUUCUGUGUUGAAGAAGCUAAAACAACACAUCAUUUCAUAUUGCUCCCUUUAAAUGCAAGACUUUGGUGUAUGUGAGUUAAGAGCCAAUAAACACACUCAAAUCUCCAAACUUUCACCCACAAAUCAUUUGGGUUAUCCUGAAUAUUUCUUACCACUACCCACCUAAGAAUUUGCAUUCAUACCAUUAUUAUUUUUUAUAUAUAAACAUAUAUAUAGGUAUGGAGGAAGAGUUGGAUGCAGAUGAUGUAGUGAGGUCAGUGAUGAGCAGCAUGAGGAUGAACAAUGGAUCUUCAAGCAGAAGGAGUUUGUGGAGUGGACAUGGUGAUGAUGUAUUUGAGAGGAGCAAUAGGGAAGAUGAUGAGGAACACCUCAAGUGGGCUGCUAUACAGAGGCUUCCCACUUUUGAAAGGCUGAGGAAAACCAUAGUCAAACAAGUUUUAGAGAGUGGAAGAUUCAACUAUGAGGAGAUUGACAUAUCCAAGCUUGGUAUGCUAGAAAAGAAGAAACUCCUUGAUGGUGUACUAAGGACUGUUGAAGAAGACAAUGAGAAGUUCCUCACUAAGAUGAGGGAGAGGAUUGAUAGGGUGGCUGUAGAGAUUCCAAAGGUUGAAGUACGAUUUGAACAUUUGUAUGUUGAAGGGGAUGCAUAUAUUGGAACCAGAGCACUGCCAACACUAGUGAAUUCCACCAUGAAUGCCAUAGAGAGAGUUCUUGGAUCAAUCAAACUUCUCCCCUCAAAGAAAAGUGUUGUCAACAUACUUCAAGAUGUUAGUGGAAUCGUCAAGCCAUCAAGAAUGACCUUACUUUUGGGGCCUCCGGGAUCAGGAAAAACUACACUGCUGCAGGCACUUGCUGGGAAACUGGACAGGGAUUUAAGGGUAUCAGGAAGAGUCACUUACUGUGGUCAUGAGUUAUCAGAGUUUGUUCCUCAAAGAACAUGUGCUUAUAUUAGUCAGCAUAAUCUUCAUCAUGGAGAGAUGUCAGUCAGAGAGACACUGGACUUUUCUGGACGUUGCUUGGGAGUUGGAACAAGGCAUGACCUACUAGUGGAAUUGACAAGGCGAGAAAAGCAAGAAGGAACCAAACCAGAUCCAGAGAUAGAUGCUUUCAUGAAAGCCACUGCAAUGGAAGAUCAAGAAACAAGUCUCAUUACAGAUUAUGUUCUCAAGAUUCUUGGAUUGGAAAUAUGUGCUGAUACUUUGGUAGGAGAUGAGAUGAGAAGGGGAAUAUCUGGUGGAGAAAAAAAGCGGUUAACCAUUGGUGAGAUGUUGGUAGGACCUGCAAAAGUUUUCUUAAUGGAUGAGAUUUCAACUGGUUUGGAUAGUUCCACAACCUUCCAAAUUGUUAGGUUCUUGAGGCAGCUAGUUCAUAUCAUGGAUGUUACAAUGAUAAUCUCUCUAUUACAACCUGCUCCAGAAACAUUUGAACUUUUUGAUGACAUAAUCUUACUUUCAGAAGGUCAGAUUGUGUACCAAGGUCCACGUGAGAAUGUUCUCAAUUUUUUUGAGAGUGUGGGGUUCAAAUGCCCAGAAAGGAAAGGAGUUGCAGACUUUCUACAGGAGGUUACUUCCAGAAAGGACCAAGAGCAGUACUGGUUAACAAGGGACAAACCUUACCAUUAUAUCAGUGUGCCUGAGUUUGUAGCCCACUUCAAUAACUAUGACAUUGGCCAACAACUUUGUGAAGAGCUUCAGGUUCCUUUUGACCGUACUAAAACUCAUCCUGCUGCAUUGGUUAAAGAUAAAUAUGGAAUUUCAAAACUAGAACUCUUCAAGGCAUGCUUUGCAAGAGAGUGGCUACUGAUGAAGCGCAGCGCUUUUAUAUAUAUAUUUAAGACUACUCAGAUUAUAAUAAUGUCUUUGAUUACUAUGACAGUGUUUCUUAGGACAGAAAUGAAACAUGGCCAACUUGAGGAUGGGAGAAAAUUUUAUGGUGCACUAUUCUUCAGUCUCAUCAAUGUAAUGUUCAAUGGAAUGGCUGAGCUUGCAAUGACUGUUUUUAGACUUCCUGUUUUCUUCAAGCAGAGAGACCUAUUAUUUUAUCCGGCAUGGGCUUUUGCACUUCCCAUAUGGAUCUUUCGAAUCCCUCUCUCUUUGUUGGAGUCAGGAUUAUGGGUUGUCCUUACUUAUUACACUGUAGGGUUUGCUCCAGCUGCAAGUAGAUUUUUUCGUCAGUUAUUAGCAUUCUUCUGCGUUCAUCAAAUGGGGCUGACUCUAUUCCGAUUCAUUGCUGGUCUUGGAAGAACAGUGAUUGUGGCAAGUACAAUUGGUACCUUUAUACUGCUACUUGUUUUUAUACUUGGAGGGUUCGUUAUCGCCAGAGAUGACAUUGAACCGUGGAUGAUAUGGGGCUAUUAUGCUUCUCCUAUGAUGUAUGGUCAGAAUGCAAUUGUCAUCAAUGAAUUCCUUGACAAGAGAUGGAGUGCUCCCAAUAUGGACCCAAGAAUUCCUGAGCCCACAGUUGGGAAGGCUCUUCUCAGGGCUAGAGGCAUGUUUACAGAAGACUAUUGGUACUGGAUUUGUAUUGGUGCUCUCCUAGGAUUUUCUCUGUUUUUCAACAUUUGUUUUAUUGUUGCUCUGACAUUUCUGAAUCCAUUUGGAGAUUCUAAAUCUAUUGUUGUGGAGGAGGAAAACAAGAAAACGGAAGCUACAGAAGAGAGUUCUACUUCAACUGCUAAAUCAUUUGAACGUACUAAAUCUUACCUUUUUCUUUCUUGUCAAUAUACUAGUUCAAUUCCCAAAGCAGACACUACAACCACCAAGAGCGGAAUGGUGUUACCCUUUAGGCCCCUAUCACUUGCUUUUGAUCACGUGAAUUACUACAUCAACAUGCCAACUGAAAUGAAGAAACAAGGAGUUGAAGAGAGUCGCCUCCAAUUACUAAGAGAUGUCAGUGGUGCUUUCAGGCCUGGAGUACUUACAGCAUUAGUAGGUGUAACAGGUGCUGGAAAAACCACCUUGAUGGAUGUUCUUGCUGGAAGAAAAACUGGUGGUUAUAUUGAAGGCAGCAUCAGCUUAUCUGGUUUCCCAAAGAAACAAGAAACUUUUGCUAGGAUUAGUGGAUAUUGUGAACAAAAUGAUAUCCAUUCUCCAAAUGUGACAGUCUAUGAAUCUAUUGUGUUUUCUGCUUGGCUGCGUCUUGGUAAGGAGGUCAAGAGAGAAAGACAGAAGAUGUUCAUUGAGGAAGUUAUGAAACUUGUUGAACUACAUCCAGUGAGAAAUUUUCUAGUAGGCCUUCCUGGCAUAGAUGGUUUAUCAACUGAACAAAGGAAAAGACUCACCAUUGCUGUAGAAUUGGUUGCCAAUCCUUCUAUCAUCUUUAUGGACGAGCCGACCUCAGGCCUUGAUGCUAGAGCUGCAGCAGUUGUUAUGCGUACUGUCAGAAAUACAGUGGAUACAGGGAGAACUGUAGUCUGCACAAUUCAUCAACCAAGCAUUGACAUAUUUGAAUCUUUUGAUGAGUUGCUUUUGAUGAAGAGAGGAGGACAAAUCAUAUAUAGUGGUCCCCUUGGUCAACAUUCUCAGAAGCUUAUAGAGUACUUUGAGGCUAUUCCAGGAGUUCCGAGAAUCAAAGAUGGAUAUAAUCCUGCCACAUGGAUGUUGGAGAUCAGUUCUCCAGCAGUUGAGUCUCAGCUUAGUGUAGACUUUGCAGAAUUGUACACUAAGUCAGAAUUGUACCAGAGGAAUCAAGAACUUAUUAAAGAGCUAAGCACACCAUUACAGGGAACCAAGGACCUUAAUUUCGCUACUCAAUACUCCCAGUCCUUCAUUACUCAAUGUAAAGCUUGCUUCUGGAAACAGCGAUCAUCCUACUGGAAGAACCCACAGUAUAAUGCCAUCCGUUUCUUCUUAUCAAUAUCUGCAGGCGUUAUUUUUGGACUCAUUUUCUGGAAAAAAGGAGAUAAAAUACAAACGGAACAAGAACUUAUGAAUCUAAUGGGAGCUAUGUAUACUGCUAUUUUCUUUGUUGGAUCCCUCAACACUAACUCUGUUCAACCGGUAGUUGCAAUAGAAAGAAUGGUCUACUACCGUGAAAAAGCGGCUGGAAUGUACUCAGCUCUCCCUUAUGCAUUAGCUCAGGUAGCAAUAGAAUGUAUUUAUGUUGCAAUCCAAACAUUGGCCUUUAGUCUUAUCCUUUACUCAAUGAUUGGGUUCCUCUGGCAAGUUGACAAGUUCUUCUGGUUCUACUACUUCAUAUGCAUGUCCUUCAUCUACUUCACACUUUACGGAAUGAUGACUGUGGCGCUGACACCAAAUCACCAAAUUGCUGCAAUUGUUAUGUCCUUCUUUUUAGUGUUGUGGAACAUAUUCUCUGGUUUCCUUAUUCCAAAAUCGCAAAUUCCAAUAUGGUGGAGGUGGUAUUACUGGGCGUGCCCAACUUCUUGGACUAUAUAUGGUCUAUUGACAUCCCAGAUGGGUGACAAUGAUACUCCAAUUGAGGUACCUGGAUCUGGAACAAUAUCACUAAAAGCAUACCUUGAGAAACAGAUGGACUAUAAAUAUAGCUUCCUUGGAGUUGCUGCAGUGGCUCAAAUUGCUUUUGCUGCACUGUUUCUUUUUGUAUUUGCAUACGGUAUCAAGUUCCUUAAUUUCCAGAAGAGAUAAGUAACACAGAGAAAGAAUAAAUACUAAUGAAAAGAGAGGAUAGAAAGACACUUAUAAAGGUUUCUGUACCAUUAAUUGCUAGAAUAGAUAAGUAGUAUUUUGGCUUUCUAUGUAUUUUUUCGUUGCAGUCUGGAAUUUUCACUUGUAUAUAGUUAUUGAGGUUAGCGUCCAACAUCUUUAGUUUGGCAUUCAUAUAUCCUCCCAAGUUAUCCAAUUUGAGAUGAUAAUUAUUG